UUGACUAAGUAAUCUUGUUUCACUAUCUUUAAUUAUUAUAACAUCAAAAUUACCCGUAUUAGCUUACCCCUUGCUAAAUUCCUAUCUCUAUUUCGUCCUCUUUGUCUUCAUUUUCUGUGCUCAGAUGUAAAUUCUCCUAAAUUUCUGAAGUUCUCUACUUCGGAAUGACUAUCAUUACUACUCUUUCCUCCAUCCUUUUGUUAUUCCUCCUGAGCCAACCUACUCGAGCUCAGACGGGCAAGCCCGAGUCUAACUCGGACUCGCCCUAUGACGGACAUGAUUCCCAUCCAUCCAUUUUAUCGAUUAUUUUAAACCUUGUGGCUGUUUUCUUUUUUAUUGCAAUUUUCGGGUUUUUAAUCCGGUUUUGUACCACCGACACGUCCACGGACAACAAUGUGGUCACACGGUCUAAUUCAUUGAGGCGAUCGCGUGGGCUAGACGUGGAAGUCAUCGAGGGCUUCCCGAUUUUGGACUACGCGGCUGUUAAGGCCGCGAAGAUUGGGAAAGGCGCGCUGGAAUGCGCCGUAUGUCUUAUGGAGUUCGAGGACGAUGACACUUUACGUUUGAUACCUAGGUGUGACCAUGUGUUUCAUCCUGAAUGUAUUGAUGCAUGGCUUGUAGGUCACACUACUUGUCCCGUUUGUCGUUGUAACCUUGCUGAAAAAGUUGAUAACGACGUCGUUUUAGAACAAACUCUAGUAAACGACGUCGUUAUAAGGGUGGAUGAAGUAAGAGAGAGUAACGACCAUCAGAAUAAUGAAGAAAAUAAUUCGAUGGAGCGACCGCAUUUACAUGGACGAAUAAGGAGGAGCCGUACGAUGAUGAGGAGCCUAUCAUUUGGACGGCCAAGAUGGUUUGGUAAAUUGGUUAGAUCGUUAUCGACUGGACACGUGGAGGUAAAACAGUUGGAGAAUACGGAAAGAUUUACCCUAAGAUUACCGGAUGAUGUAAGGAAGCAAAUAAUGAGCGGAAAGUUGCAAAAGAGAAAUGGUACAAGAGGGUUGUUUGGUAGUCUUAGAGGUCGAGCUCGCCGGUCCGGUCAGUGGGGGUUUUCGUUGACACCGCCUUUUUUAACUCCAGCCCGGUCUUUGAAGUCUCUUGAUGGUGAGGCCACUAGACCAACUCGCAGCCGAGGUAGCUCUAUGGGUGGUUGUUCUAGCCUAGAGAAUGUAAGUACAAGUCGUGAAAUUUCUUUGUGUAAUGAUAUACAAGCCGAGUUGAAUCAAUUGCCUGUCUAAGCUUACAAAUGAUUUGAGCUGGAGCUGAGGGAUCUUGGUUUGUCUUGGCUCAAAGGGUACUCCAAAUACAUUGUUGGUAAUUAAUGCCAUGUAAAUUCUAAUUUUUGCUUACCAAAAAGUUAAAAAAAAAAAAAGAAAGAAAAAAAGAAAAAAAGAAAAAAAAAAUGAAAAAGAA